UCAUGUAUUUGAGUGCCGUCACUGAAUGCUGCCCCUACCAUCGCCAAUAAGCUGACACACCACACACAUACACACAAACAAGGAACGGCACAGAUUUACUGCGUUAAACAAACUCACUUGUCGCACUUUUCCAAGGCUGCGAAUGCGCCUUAACUGAAAUCCACCCGCCGGAGCCACUCAGAAUACGCCAGAAUAACCCUGCAUCAAGGAGGCAGUGCACCAAGGAUUCGAGUACACCACUUUCUGGAGUUUUUCAACCCGCAGAUUUCGGAUCUACGCAGGCCCCAAUAAAACAACAAUAAAAAUGGUCAAGCUCUUCGCGUUGAGCAUCUUUCACAAGGGCGCCAGCGAGGCGCGUCUAUUAAAGACAGCUGCCGACCUGCAGUCCUUCUCCUUUUUCCAACGUGGCACUGUCAACGAGUUUAUGACAUUCGCCUCCAAGACAAUUGUGGAGCGCACACAGCCGGCAUUGCGGCAAUCGGUCAAACAGGAUGCCUACAUGUGCCAUGUCUAUGUGCGGGCGGAUAACUUGGCCGGUGUCCUGAUCGCCGAUCACGAGUAUCCUCAUCGCGUGGCGCACACACUCAUCACAAAGAUCCUCGACGACUUUACGGCCAAAGUGUCAGCGGAUCAGUGGCCCAAUGGCACAGAGGCAACCAUCUCGUUUGAUUUGCUACCAGCGUUUCUGGCACGCUAUCAAAAUCCUGUAGAGGCUGAUCCGCUAACGAAAAUGCAAAAUGACCUCGACGAGACGAAGAUCAUACUGAAGAAUACCAUCGAAGCGGUGCUGGAGCGAGGCGAGAAACUGGACGACAUGGUCAGCAAGUCGGAGAAGUUGUCGAUGCAGAGUAAAGCCUUCUACAAGACGGCGAAAAAGACUAACUCCUGCUGCAGCUUCACUUAGGCGCGACCUCACCAAAUCUCAUUCCCAAAACACUGCACACCUGAUCCUUUCAAGCAAACAGGAAACACCAGAUAAUGCAAAUCAAAGACCACACAAAGGAUAACACCAACAAAACAAAAAAAAAAUGGGAAAAAACUGCUAGGGAGCGGCGUGACUUGGAGUUUAAUGAUUGCUUUUUAUAAAUGAAUUAGUUAAUUUUAUAUACUAUAUGAUAUACUGUAUGAAUAGGAAGGCCAGUUGCCAGUUAUAGUAAGCCCGCUAACCCAAUGUUACUCGACUGUGGAUCUACAGGUCCUGUCUGUAUAUGUCUACGCUUUGGAUGUCUGGAUAUUAAUUAAUAUCAAUACAAAUUAUGAUCUAAACCCA